ACUGUGAAGAAAGUUAUAAGAGUGUCCUCGUGUGGAUCUGAAGCAUAUAAGAGCUAGAGGUUAGAACAAUCCUCCACAUCCUCAUGUUUACAGGGAGAAUACAGAAAACACGGACGAGAAAUAAGAAGAAAUAAUCAUUGUCAGGUCUAUCCGAGGACGGGUAAAAUGAAGUUGACCCGACCCCUUCUUUUCCAUCUACUCCUGUACUGUGCAACCCAGACAUUAGGUGUCAAGAUCCAGUCUGUCCCAGGAGUCAACAGUGAGGGUGUUAUACAGACAGAGCUGGAGAAGACUGUGUCUCUGGUUUGUCAGUCUGACGGCGACCAUGAGAGUCAGUCUGAUGAAGAGUUGGCAUGGAUGAGGAAUGGUGCUGCCGUCAGUCUGACAGAGGAAAAUAAAAAAGGUCAGAGCAGCGUGUGUGUUACACCCAUCAUCUAUGAAGACAAUGGUGCCACUUUCACCUGCCACCUGAGCAAAAACGCCACAGUUACUGCCUCAGUCACCCUGAAUGUCACAUAUCCCCCACAGCUCUCUGGGUCAGAGGAGGUUGCAGUAGAAGAAGAGGCAGUGCUAGUCCUGCAGUGUGAUAUCUGGGCCAAUCCACCUGUAUUUUCCGUGUCUUGGAAACUAAAUGGGAGCACAGUGGAUCUAUUAGCAGGUGGCUUCUCGGUGACCAAUGACGGCCUUACAAGCCGGCUAACCGCCAAGAGAAUGAAGAAAAACUUGCAUGAAGGCACGUAUCAGUGCAGAGCAGAGUCCCCCAUCUAUGGAGGACACAGCAAGCAAUUCAUUGUUGCAGUAACAGAAAAAACCUUGAAGGUACCACUGAUACCCAUGAUAGCAGGCUUAGUGGUGGUGUGCCUUACUGCACUUCUUGCCAUUGCUUCACGGUGGAACAAAAUUAGACAGUGCUGCAAGUAGGUUGUGCUCACAAUAACCGAUCUUCUCUACUUCAACAAAUGAGAGAAGCCAUGAAGACAUCAUGACUCCGUUUUUUUGUGAUUGAUGACUGUGAUUACACUUUUAUCAUAUUUGACAUUCAAAUGUGAGCUUGUUUGCUUUCAUGCUGAGAGUUUGAAGACCAAUACAACUCUUCUAUCGGUCUGUUAAGUAUUGGGUAACAUUCAUCCAGCAGAUGGUUAGCUUACCAGCUGCUGGCAGUAGCUUCACAUUUAUCGUAUAUGACAAAUAUGAAGCUACUGACCAACAUAAGGUUCUUCUCUUGGCAAGUUAAGCAAAUAAGCAUUUUUUCCCAAACUGUGCUAUAAAAUCAAACAACAAAAUGUAGCAUGAAAUUUAUUGUAUUCUCUGUUGAUUAUGGCAGAGUGAUCUAUGAAGUUUGCAUUAGGAAUUUAAGACCAUCCUUACAUUUUUUACUUUUGUGUGAGGCACCACAGCCGGUUUCUUGUUGUCUUUGCAAUGAAUGUGCUUGUUUUUGUGA